AUGGAUCUUAGUGACCUUCCUGGUGCUGCUGCCUCUUCAGUCCCACAUGCUGGACCAAUCUUGGCUGUCAUGAUUGCAAUCGGCACACAAGUCUACAAUGAAUACAAGGCUCUUGACGCGAAAUUUGAAGUACAGAAAGGCCUUUAUGAGAAUGCAACGCAUACUCUCGGUCUUAUUGCUUUGCUCAGAAAGAACUUGACUGCACAUAAUUCACUUGUGUCAAAACGGUUGACAGGACUGCUUAAUCAAGCUGAAAGAAUUGCUAAUGAAAUCCAGAUACACGUUGCAGAGGUGUCACAGGCACGGGAGAGGCACAUACGCAAAUAUGGAACGUUCCCUGCCAAUCUGUAUGAAGCGGUUGUAGAGCCCUCUAAAGUGCAUGGCUUAAGGAAGCAGCUUGACGAAGCAAAGCAUCAGCUUGCAAUGGAUCUUGCAUUGCUUAGUCAUUGCAAGGGAGUUGGAGUAGAGUCAAAACUGCCACCACCUUAUAGUGAAGGCUCUGAAGAGGAUCUAGGGAAGGCAGAAAUUAAAGCAUUUGAGCCAGUGUGGUGGGUAAACGGGAAGGAGUUUCUUGGUAAUCCAGAGAAGUGCAAGGAUCUGGUACCUCUUGGAAGUAAGGAAGAAACUGAAGGCAAUGUACUGUGGUACAUUGCACGUAUCCCACACAUUCAUGGUAUUCAACCUGGGAAAUUCAGUCCUGAACGAGGAGCUUACUUUGGGUAUAAAAUGGAAGCACUUCCCGCUGAAGGCUUCAACUAUGAAGUCCUUGUUGCAGAGCCAGGAGCCGUAGACUGGGAGCGCACUUCUGGCAAGUUUUCAAAGGGGAAUAUUCGUCGUGCUCCCGUUAAAGGCUGUUGUGAAAAUCGCGGAACAGAGCUCGUGAUAGCCCGUGCUUGGGCCCGAGAACAUAUGCGCACAGGAAUUUUCAAGGAGAAAUACCUUCAAGUAGGCAAGGCGAGCCCACGUCUUGAAGGAGCGUAUGUGACAGCAGGCAGAAAAGAGAAACAAGUCAACGAAUACGAAGUCCUUGUGUAUGCGUAA